CAGAAACACCGUUUCCGGGUAUUUACUUCCGGGUUUAACAUGGCGCAAAAUUUGAUUUGAGUUGAAUCAACCGACUUGCUUUUUAUUUGAUUCAAAAUGGAUCUAUUCAGAUCUAAGAAGCGAGAUGUUAAUCAGGCAUCUUUAGAGGAUGAUGUGGGCCUCCAGAAAAAGCACCAUGGUUUGUCAGGAUCACUAGAUGAUCUAUUAGAUAUUGGAAAGGAUGAUGAUGAUGUCCUUGGUACAGCCUCAGAGAAUACAGCCUCAGAAUCAGAUGAUGAUGAUAAUGAUAUUAAUAAAGCAAGUAAAAAACAAAAGGCUUUUGCCAAAAUUUCAAUCAAGCGGGCCAAGCAGAAAGAGAAGGAGCAGAGGAAAAAGACUGAGAAAAAUUUAAUAUCUAUGGAAGAUUUCCUUGGUAAACAGACAGAAUUCAAGAUGUGGCUUUAUGAAGAGAAAAGCAAGAAUGCUGGAGAAAUGUCAUCACCAAAAUUGAAAGCUCAUUUUAAACAGUUUGUGAGAUUAUGGAACAAGAAGAAACUGGCAACAAAAUAUUACCGAUGUUCAACUUUGCCAGAGAGUCCUGCUCCUCUGACACCUCAGAAGUUUAACUUUCUGUCAGAUGAAGUAACUGAAGGAGGGAGUCCUCUCUUCCAUGAUCAGGACAGUGAAGCUCCUGAAAAAGAUGUUCUAGCAUCGCCAUUUGUCACAUUUGGCAAGACACCACCAAAGGUGUUCAGAUCAAAGAAAUUUCAGUUUUUUGGUUCUUCUGGGUCAUCUAAGGAAGUUGCACUUUUAUCUGUUGCGCCCAUAGGUUCCCCACAAGUUGUACAAAUGGAAAAAGAAAAUAUUUCUAAAGAACAGUACCAGGUACCAAAGCUACGCAAAAAGAAAGAAUCUGGCGAUGACAUUCAGAAAAUGCCUAGAGGUGCUACUCCGUACAAGGUUUCAAUGUUUCCAUGGGUAUCAACAGAAGUAAGCGAGAAUGACCAAUCAGAUGAUGUUGAUAUUUGCUCUACAGCUACUCCUCCAAGUUUUAACCUACAAGAGGAGGAGGAGUCUUGGCCUCCGCCACCCUCAGAUAGCGAGUUACUAGGUGAACACACAACAAGAACUCAUGAUUCACCACAUGUACCUCCACCCCCUCCUCCUAGAAUGGGAAGUCUGAAGAAAAGGGAAUGUACUUCAAACUCUCCAAAACUGGCUGGUAACUAUGCAGAUCCGUAUGAUAAACUUCCAGAUCCACAGUCUAAACAGAGACUUGUUACUUCUCAUUAUCAGGACCCUGUAGACUGUGUUCCUCUUGUAAAACAGAGAACCAUUCCGGAAGAUGCUAAACUUGUUCUCCAGAAUUUGGCAGGAAAUGAUGAACCAGAUUUGAGUUUGUAUUCUAAACCUGUGAAAGAGAAAAGAUUAAGCAAAGAGGAAUUGGAAGAACUUUAUGCAAAACCUCUCAAGAAAGCAAAAAGAAAUAAUAUUGGCAGUCUAUCAGAAGGUACAGAAAAGCCUGAGCCAGUCUCUGGUGAACCAAGUGAUUUGUACAAUGAAAUAAUGGAACAUAUAAACAAAAGCAGUUCAGAAGACACUAGUAAGAUAACAAGUUUUAAACCCGACCCUGAUUAUGAAACAAUUGAUGAGUGUCUUGCCAAGGUUAACAGUGAAUCCAGUGAAAGUAAAGGCCAUAUUAGGGAAGUUAAAGAUGAUACAAGGAAAGUAAAAGAUAUGAUGGAUAAAAGUGGAGAAGAAGGUACACAAAAGUUUGCUACAAUUUCACGGUCAAAGAAAAUGAGGGUAAUGGCUGCUUCAACUGAGAAAAUCUAUGAAACCUACCUGAGUCUAGGAAGGAAUGCAAACCCUUUCAAAGGGAAAACGGAUAUCCCAAAAUUACCAGACACAGCUUCAGACUUUAACUCUGGUCCCUUUACACAUUCCUUGAAGUUGAAAUCUAAAUCUCAACCAGACAUUUCAUUCAGUGAAGGACUUCAAACAUUUGAUAUAGAUAUGAACAAAGACCAGGAUCACUUAAGUUCUGUUCCUCAGUUCAGCUCUUUCAAACCAAUUGAAAAUAACAAAAGCACACAUAAAGAUAGGAAUGAAAAUAAAUUGAAAGACAGCGGAAGAGCUAAAAGUUACGAGGAUGGUUUAAGGAACAUAGAAGAGCCAAGAACACCAAUUAUAAUGGCCACACCAUCAUUUGAUUCUCUCUGUAAUGUGACACCUCUUAGUUGUAAAUCUUUUUCAUCACAUAGCUUGCCAAAUAAGUCUGGGUCAUAUGAGAGCUUGUCUUCCCAAAGUCACAUGUCAACCUCAACUAAUUCAAGCCUUUCAUUUGGCCCAGAUGAUAAAUCUGGCUCACUUCAGAGCUUGCAUUCUGACAAAUCACUUUCACCAGUAAAAGAAGAAGAGGAAUUUGAUCAAUGCAUGGAUGCAAAGAAUGAGUUAAAAACUAAAGUUGAAUUACUUGGAAAACAAAAUACGAAAAGUCUGACACAUGAACCUGUGGACUCUGUGAAUGGUGAUUUUGAAUCAGUUAAAACAAAUGUUGUUCCUUUGACCCCAGGGAAAAUAAGUGCUCUAAAACAUGGAAUAGAUUUAUCAGUGUAUCUACUGAAACCUGCAAAACAAGAUGAUAAAAGUAAAGAAAAUGUCCCUGAAAAUGAGAAGACUUUGCAGACAACAUUAGACAGCCAUGUGCGAAAACCUAAAAAGACUGGUGAACCUCUUGUCAAUCAGAAACUGUUUGAUAACCAAUCAAGGUUAGCUAUAAAAGAUAAAUUGUCUGGGGUGAAGACCAAAGUUGAUGUAGGGAAGUCCUCUUCAAGGAAGGAAACAGAGAGGCGACAUACUGUACAAACAGUUCAAGAUAUCCCUGUAAAAUAUGAAGAUGCCAUGACCGUAACUAAUGCGGCAAAAAGUAGAAAGGGUGAGACUGUUUUGUAUGGAAAGUCAAAGUUUGAAGAAGGUUUUAAUGGAAGUGAUGAAAGCUUGCAUUGGCCAGAUAGCAAGAGACAUUGUGGAGAUAAGAAACGUAUGUUAACUGUAGAUGACCACUAUCUUGAGACUGAUCUUGAUAAAGUGAUCACUGAUAAAAGCCGGAGGUCAAUGAAGAAAAGUAAAAGUCACAGUGGUUUUGAUACAGGCACUAGUACAGUUGUAACAGAUAUCUGGUAGCAAUAUGAAUCUGGGUUUAGUGAAUUUCAAUUUUAUUGUUUUUGAAGGUUAAGAUUGGGCGGCCCACAGUCAGUAUCAAGUUCAGUCAGUUUGCACAGACAUGCAACCUGGCUUGGCAUUUUUUUUGGCCGCAAGGCUCUGAACUCUCACUACUUUAAACCAUUUCCCUGUAGAAAUAGGUAGACUCCACAUCUAUUUUUAGAUUGAAAAUGUAGCUUCAAUGUAUUGGUAUGUUUGGGACAAAUAUAUGUGUAAUGAAUUGUUGGUUUUUUGUGUGCCUUACUAGUAUCUAAUAUAAUGUUAAUAUUUAAGGCUGUCUCAAUAUCAUUUAUCAUAUAAAUUUAUUUAAGAUUCAGUAGCUUUAUGCCUAAAAUAACAAGUUUCAAUUGGGAAGAUAGUUUGGUAAAGGGGGUGUAUUUCCCUAUUAAGCAUUAAUCGGUUUGUUUCUUAAAGUUAGCUGGGACACAAUAUUCUGUCCCAGCUUAAAGGCAUGUUGAGAGCGUCAUAUAUGAGCAAGUUUUUUCUUUCAGUAGAAAUGGCAAACAUAUGUUUUAUAAUGUUGUAAUUAUUGAUCGACAUUGUAUGAGGAUAUUACUGGAAUAAAAAAAGCACUGAAUGUAUACAAUUUAUGGUAAAGGUAGCACAAUGUAAAAGAAGUGGUAGUUUAACUUCCAUACAUAAUACUAUAUUUAUUGCCAAAAUGCAAAAGAUUGGCAAUGAGUGACUAUGGAAUUAAAAUAUUUUCGAAAAAUAAAAAUGAUAUAUUUUGGCUUAUUGGUUUGGGCCUUUAAUGUAUCCAUUUAGGUACAAUAUUGUUUUCAUGAUAAAAAUAUGAAUUUUGAAUUGUUCAAAUAAUUUGUUUAUCCAUAAUGUUUAAGUAAGGGAUAUUUUUUUUGUUUCUUUAUUUAAUUGAUCUUUUAAAAGCGGGUAUAAAAUAGUCAGUGUUGUGACUUGUUUUUUUUUCAGUUAUUGUAUUUGUUAAGGUAUCAUAGUUAUGUAAUCAUAAUGUAUAUAAAACUGUAUGAAAACCUCUGUCUCUGUUUUACAGCAUGUACAUUUGUAACUAUGCAUGUAUAUUCUUUGCUUUUUGAUGUUGUGCAUCUUUUAUAUAUAUUUCUGUAUAUAAAGACAUCAAAAUCUGAA